AUGGACGACAUGGAGCUAUUACUGGUCCGCAUCGAUCACUUUCACGACCGCAAGAAAUACAUUUCAGUGUUACGGGAGUGGUUGAAAGAGUUACAGAUUGUUAAUGGUCGUAUAAUCAGCCUCGGGGUUGAUGUGCAGCUGCUUUUUGUGGCUGCAUCUGAAGUCCAGAACUCGAAUUUGUUACAAUUUUACAAGUUACGAGACAUUGAUACGAACAGUCGUGGAGAACGUUGUGUGGACAACUUUAUUGAUGUUUUGGGACGUAAAAAAGUGUCGACAAGUAGCAGCUGCAAGGGAUUUAUGGAGAUGAAUGUGCUGAGUCCAAAGCUGUUGCAAAAGGUGUUAGUGCACGAGUGGAAAGCAGAGCAAGAGUGGCUGGAUACGGUACUGGCGACUAAGCGUACCAAGGCGUUUCUUGAGUGGAAAGAGACAGCAAAAGCUGCACGGAAGGAACGGAGGAAGAGAGAGGGACAGGAAAAACAACAAGAGCGAGAAGCGAAGAAGAGAAGGAAGGAGAAGGAGGCAGUGCAAACGGAACAGGUAGAGGCUGCACGUGCAGAGGAAAAGAAAGAAAAUGGUAAUGAAAAGGAAGACAAACUGAUGAAGAGUGGGGAAGUCAGGAAGCAACAGACUACGUCAACGCCGCAGAAGCAGCUAAAACAGAAGCAGGAGCAGCAGCUUUUGGCUCAGAAGAAGAAGAAGAACAAGAAGCCGUGA